AGUGAGUUUCUGAUUCUCUAACUGCGCAUGCUUCUGCGCACGCGCAAUAGACAUUCCAGCACUUCCGGGCACUUCGUAAGGUUUAAAUAAGGAUGCUUCGCGUUCGCUCUCCCUCUUGGAGACAGAUUUGCAGUGGUCGCUUCUUCUCCUUGGAUUUGUUAAGGAUUCCAAGUAACUCUUAUUUGGAGAGAAGACGAUCUGCACUUCGCAUUUUGGCAUUGACAUUUAAUUUUAGGGUCCUUUAUAUAGAAGGGAGAGUAGGUAAACUGAUUUUUUUUUUAACAGGGAGGGUUUGACAAUCUUUGGCAGACUUGGAGCAAAAGAUUGAGGUGCAUUUCAUGCCUCCUUUUGAGAGUCUUGCUCUGUCGCUCAGGCUGUAGUGCAGUGGCGCAAUCUUGGCUGCAACCUCAGCCUCCCAAGUAGCUGGGAUUACAAAUGUAAGCCACCACGCCCAGCCCUCAUACCUCUUAAAAGGCGACCUGUUUUGCAGAAAGUCUGCUGUUUUGUACUAAAGGCUUUGGAAUUUGGCAUUUAGCUAGGGAUGCAUUCUUUCACCUCAUUCAUACUUUAAGAACCACAUAAGUGACUCUGCUUGGCCAGAAGGCACACUGUUGGUGGUUAUAUUAAAAGUCCUUGAGUAUUUUGCUUUUCAUGAUCUUGCUCAGUGCAACUUCCACCUCCCAGGUUCAGGCGAUUCUCCUGCCUCAGCCUCCCAAGUAGCUGCGACUACAGGCCUGUAGCACCACACCUGGCUAAUUUUUGUAUUUUUAGUAGAGAUGAGGUUUCACCAUAUUGGCCAGGCUGGUCUCAACUCCUGACCUCGUGAUCCGCCCGCCUCAGCCUCCUAAAGUGCUGGGAUUACAGCCGUGAGCCACCCUGCCCGGCCACUUUUGUAUGAUUUCUAAUGUAUUUGUAAUUUACCUAACAAAUUGCCUAAUCUGUUAUGUUAAUGUAUUUAUGAAUUAAAAUAAAUAUGACUGCAUGUUUGUGGUUCAUUUUUGUGGAGGUGGCUGUGGUGACAUCAGCCAAGAAUCUGAAUGGUACUGUUGAAGGAAACUAGCAUGAUAGCUUCAGUUCUAAAGGCCCUGAAACCUAGUCUCAGGUGGGUCCCCCUUGGGUUCACUUUAUAUUGGCAGUUUAUUGGGAAAAUGGAUAUUAGGUCCUGACCAAUAGGACCGUAAGUCUGGGUUGAGUGCAAGAUGAGUUGUUAGACCGAUUCUUUAGCUUCCUGCAAUGUAGUGGAGGAAAAAUCGAUGGUAGCAAUGGGAGGUUGUAUCCCUAGCUGUUGUUGUAUGAGCCUCUACUACCUGGUGCACCUCCACCUGAAGAUUGCCAGAAUUGCUUGCCUCAUGACGUGAGUCAUAAUGGAAACUUUGUCAAGCCCCCUGCACUGGCUGCCAACAUAAAUGUUCAGUACCCUGAAGGAUGGGGACUGAAGGGGGAUCAUCUAGAAGCUACAUGAAUGUGUAAGAUCUUGGAGGAAGACAGCAGAGAGAGAGAGAGAGAGAUCAGAGAUCCCAGGGUUAAAAGUUGGAGAAAUUUCACAGUACAUCAUCCAAAAGAGGAGUCCGUGAUGGAGGCAGAGAUAAACUUGGAGAGGACAGGAAGAUGUCACCCAAGCGCAUAGCUAAAAGAAGGUCCCCCCCAGCAGAUGCCAUCCCCAAAAGCAAGAAGGUGAAGGUCUCACACAGGUCCCACAGCACAGAACCCGGCUUGGUGCUGACACUAGGCCAGGGCGACGUGGGCCAGCUGGGGCUGGGUGAGAAUGUGAUGGAGAGGAAGAAGCCGGCCCUGGUAUCCAUUCCAGAGGAUGUUGUGCAGGCUGAGGCUGGGGGCAUGCACACCGUGUGUCUAAGCAAAAGUGGCCAGGUGUAUUCCUUCGGCUGCAAUGAUGAGGGUGCCCUGGGAAGGGACACAUCAGUGGAAGGCUCGGAGAUGGUCCCUGGGAAAGUGGAGCUGCAAGAGAAGGUGGUACAGGUGUCAGCAGGAGACAGUCACACAGCAGCCCUCACCGAUGAUGGCCGUGUCUUCCUCUGGGGCUCCUUCCGGGACAAUAACGGUGUGAUUGGACUGUUGGAGCCCAUGAAGAAGAGCAUGGUGCCCGUGCAGGUGCAGCUGGAUGUGCCUGUGGUAAAGGUGGCCUCAGGAAACGACCACUUGGUGAUGCUGACAGCUGAUGGUGACCUCUACACCUUGGGCUGCGGGGAACAGGGACAGCUAGGCCGUGUGCCUGAGUUAUUUGCCAACCGUGGUGGCCGGCAAGGCCUCGAACGACUCCUGGUCCCCAAGUGUGUGAUGCUGAAAUCCAGGGGAAGCCGGGGCCACGUGAGAUUCCAGGAUGCCUUUUGUGGUGCCUAUUUCACCUUUGCCAUCUCCCAUGAGGGCCACGUGUACGGCUUUGGCCUCUCCAACUACCACCAGCUUGGAACUCCGGGCACAGAAUCCUGCUUCAUACCCCAGAACCUAACAUCCUUCAAGAAUUCCACCAAGUCCUGGGUGGGCUUCUCUGGUGGCCAGCACCAUACAGUCUGCAUGGAUUCGGAAGGAAAAGCAUAUAGCCUGGGCCGGGCUGAGUAUGGGCGGCUGGGCCUUGGAGAGGGUGCUGAGGAGAAGAGUAUACCCACCCUCAUCUCCAGGCUGCCUGCUGUCUCCUCGGUGGCUUGUGGGGCCUCUGUGGGGUAUGCUGUGACCAAGGAUGGUCGUGUUUUCGCCUGGGGCAUGGGCACCAACUACCAGCUGGGCACAGGGCAGGAUGAGGAUGCCUGGAGCCCUGUGGAGAUGACGGGCAAACAGCUGGAGAACCGUGUGGUCUUAUCUGUGUCCAGCGGGGGCCAGCAUACAGUCUUAUUAGUCAAGGACAAAGAACAGAGCUGAUGAAGCCUCUGAGGGCCUGGCUUCUGUCCCACACAACCUCCCUCACAGAACAGGGAAGCAGUGACAGCUGCAGAUGGCAGCGGGCCUCUCCCCAGCCCUAAGCACUGUGUCAGUUCCUGCCUUUUCUCAUCAGCAGAACGGAAUCCUUUUCCUCUUUUUCUUCCUCCUCUUUGGAAUUUUCCUGGGACCUACAGAAUAAAGGGGGGGAUGGACGGGGGGUUUUCAGAAGGAACAUGGCUCACUCAGAGCUAUAUGGUUAGACGUUUCUCCCCUUUUCCCUACCUUCCAUCGUCCUGGUUGGCCCUGGCUUUGCCUACUACAAAACCAAAACUUCCCCCCUGGGGUUUCGUGCCCACUCUCUGAGAAGUUGGGGCUCCAUCAAGCCCCAUUCUAGUCAUGUGCCCCUUUCUUGUCCCUAACAGUCCACAGGCAAACAAAUGGUACAGUCAUAAGAGCCAUCUGUCACGGACCCACGCCCAGAGGAACGUGCAGAAAAAAGCAGAGCUGCAUGGCUGUGGGCAACUAUAAGCCAAAUAUUUGGCUCAGAACAGGUGUCCAUGGGACAAAAAAGAAUGAUCCUCCACUUGACCAAGAAAAAAGUGAUUCUCCCAGAAGCACAAAGCAUACUCUUGCCCCUCAGGUGUUGCUUUUGUACAUUGUACCCAUCCAUUCGGCUUCACCUGCAGCCAACGGCCUGGAAUCGCAAAAAGACACCACGCUGGGCAGAGCAGAGCAGGGUAUGGGGUGGGGAGAGAGGGUGGAGGGUUUUAUAAACAAACUUAACAGCAAUAUUGAAAGGAAUAGGGGGAUUGAGGGAGGGACAGAGUGUUGGAGGGCCAGAGACUAGUCCUGAGAUGGAAACAGCAACUUGUACAGUAGCUGAGAAAAUAGGAUAUAGUUUUGAUUUUUUUUUAAUUGUAAAAUAUUUUGGAGGGAGAACAAAAUCUUUUAACAUUUUGAAUAAAUUUAGAGUUUUAUAAAA